GAUCAAAUUUAUACUUUAAAAGUAGAAUAUCACAUCACUCAUCACUAUUUCAUCAAAAUCAACUCGUCAUGGCCAAUGAAUGGAAGUUCCGCUCUCGAAUGCCCACCACCUCCAUUGCUCGAAUAUCGCAAGAUCCUCCCAUUCCACCCCAACACAUCACCAAGCGUAAGCGUAUCACCCGCGUAAUAACCACUGAUGCAUGCAAAGAGUCCGGCAUUAUCAACGAGCUGCGUAAGAAAUAUGAAAUCGACCUCGAGCACCCCCCUCACUAUCCUCCCAAGAUCACGCUUCCUCAGCCACCUAUUCCUCGCCCAGAACCUGAUGUGUUGAAUAGUAAAAUAAGGAAUGAGAUGGAAAGACGACAGUUCGAACCAAUGACUCGUGAUUGGGUUUGGAGGGUCCUGUCAGAAAUGUACAAAGUGGAUGAGAAAUUAUGGGGAAAAUGGGCAAUUGAUUUGGAUGGUGUAAAAUUGGCUAAAGGCGAUUGGAGAUAUCUAUUGAAGUCUCAUUAUAAUGCAUGGUGCGAGAACGGGAUGAUGGAAGAGCAAGAGCUUGGCCAUGUGACGAACACUGUUGCCGAUUUAUAUGUUUACCUGGCUUGCGACUAUAGGAACAGAGCAAUAGCAAGAACACUCAAAGGUGGCGACCUAGCCGGUGAUACACCAACGAAACAAAAAAUCAGUGCUAUAAUCAUUGAUUCCGACAAGUUGUACUGGGAUCAAAAUAAAGGCCGCGUUUUUAAGCAAGGAGUUGAUGAGGACGGGGAGCCUAUUAUGCGGAUUAGGCAGCAAGACUUUCCCAAAGCCUGGGAGAAAACCAUGAAGGAACUGGCACAAUAUGAUGACGAAACUAUUGCAAACCUCGACUAUAUUGUGAUUCCACACGAAUAUGGCGCCUUCCACACACAAUGUAUCGGAAUAGCACCAAAGCAAAGGUUUAUCUUCCAUAUCGACAACUCCGGUCUGUCGAGAGCCAAAUUUGCAAACACAUUAGAAGACGAUUUCGGAUCUUACUAUCAUUCGUUUUUUCAAAUGUGUUUACUCGAAGCUAUUAUAUACACAAGAUUCGAGAAAGGAGAGAUUGAUACUGCUGAGUGGCCAUUAUUCGGGCAAUGGUCCUACCGCACGGAUCAUCAAACGGUAGAAUACAGAACGACAGACAAUAGUCCCAACGCAACUCGACAGAAUGAUUCAUACAACUGCGCUUUAAAUACCAUGACCAGUGCCGUGAAUUUGUUAUUUGGAUAUGAUAUGUCUUGUUAUGCAUCUGGAAAGGAUCUCUCCCCCAUCCCUGGAUUAACAGGAAAGAGAAUACGAGUGGCAGCGGAGUUCCUAAAUGGGGGAUUCAAUUACCCAUUCAAUUAUCCAUUGUUCAAGAUUCCAACAGGGUUACAAGAGCUCAUCAUUGAUGAAACUUAUAAGCAAAAUAUUCGACCGGCUCCUCCGGCCGUGCAGGCAAAGAGAGACACAGACGGCACAAUCAUAGACGUAUAUGAUGGUGACGAUACAGAUGAAAAGGCGUACCUGGAUACAGAAGAGGGAGAAGAGGGAGAAGAGGGAGACGAGGAAGAAGAGGGAGACGAGGAAGAAGAGGGAGACGAGGAAGAAGCGGAAGACCCCCAAGCAGGAGCUCGAACAAAAGUUAAAAAGUCCACGCGUUACAGAAAGGUCAAAUGGCGUGGCCAACCCGCUCUGGAUUGGGAUCCUAUAGAGCCAGAUCCGUCAGGACCAGGAUCUACAGACGACGAUUUACCAAUACGAACUCUUUGGCCUGUUCAGAUGGAUCCUACUAGAACGGGAAAAUGCGGCAUUAUAUACCCGAUCACAAACCCACGCUUCUCGAAUCCAAUAUAUGAUGAUGUGUUUGAGUGCAAGAGGGCAGCCCAGUUCAAUAAAAUGGAGGGCUGGGAAAUGUGGGAGGAUAUGCCGUUACAUUUGUUUAAGCGUUGGAUGGAAAAUGUAAUGGCAGGUAGAGAACAUGAAGAGUUGGCUCCAUGGGUGAAAGUGCUCAAGCUUGAUGCACCUAUUUUCUCCGAGACAAAAUAUUGAGGCACGAAAGCGAAGAUGCUCAACAAGACUCAUCGACAGAUUCCCGAAUAGUCUAUCCA